AUGCAAGCGUCAUUUUACCAGGUAAAAGCAUCAAUCAUCAGGUAUAAGCAUCAUUCACCAGGUACAAGCAUCAUUCACCAGACAUCAUUCAUCAGGUACAAACAUCAUUCACCAGGUACAACAUCGUUCACCAGGCUUAAGCAUCAUUCAUCAGAUAUAAGCAUCAUUCAUCAGGUACAACAUCGUUCACCAGGCUUAGGCAUCAUUCAUCAGAUACAAGCAUCAUUCAUCAGGUACAAACAUCAUUCACCAGGUUUAGGCAUCAUUCAUCAGAUACAAGCAUCAUUCAUCAGGUACAAACAUCAUUCACCAGGUUUAGGCAUCAUUCAUCAGAUACAAACAUCACUCACCAGGUUAAGGCAUCAUUCACCAGGUUUAGGCAUCAUUCAUCAGUUAUAUCAUUCAGCUGUAAGCAUCAUUCACCAAGUGUAA